AUGAACAAACACACUUCUACUACACAGGCACUUUCGAGAGGCGUCUUGGCCCUGCCUCCAGAACUGCGACUGAUGGUAUGGACCCAUCUCGCUUUGGCAAUGACUUCUAGCCAAGUCGUUGACUUGACACAGCUAUUGUCCAAUGUCACGACUAUUGACGCCUGUAAGAGGCUCCAUCUCGGCCAUCCCAUGCUCGCGACCAAAUUCUGCGACGAAUAUCUCGAGAACUUCUUCAGGGUCGUUCCUUUCGUGCUUGAGCUUACCAGAUUUAAUGGUUUGGAACACAUCGUCUUCGGAGCAGCACUUUUCAGGACAUCUGGCCUAAUCGCCCAUGAAGGUGCAUGGGACCCUAUGCAAGACAUAGCUUUGGCUGUGGAGAAAUCACUCCAGAGUUGGAUCGGUCUUGCCAGUCGUUGUGGUGUCAAGGAUGCCAUUGCGCCUAUCCGCAUCGAGCUGUGCGUACGAUCGGACAAGAGGGGCCCAACUCUACUUAAGCGGAGAUUUAUACCUCUCCAGAUGAGACUAUAUUCCAUGACCGAGCUGUCUCGACAUCUACCACGAGGUAGAGUUACACUCGAGCUGGACUUUGGACUUAGUAUGCUGAAGGAGGGUAUGAAAGAUUGGAUCAGGAUACCUCUUGUCUUCGGCUGUCACGAUCAAAACCGCACAAAUUGUUUGCAUAUCCUACAUCGGGCACGUCAGCGGUUCAUCGCAGACCCUUGCAAAAGUGCCGAUUCGAGAAUGUGGCUUUCCUGGCAUGCCGUCUUGUCUGUGUUCGUGGACGAGAUCUUGGAAUAUGUGGAAAGCCUAUAA